CCAUUUCAAACCUUUCGGGGGAACAUGGCGCCGACUCGUAACAUUACGUGACUGAAUAAUACGGGACAAUAACACGGAGCAAAUUAUAUGUGUGGUUACCCUUACAAAAGAAAUGAUCUGUCCCACACCAGACCACCACGGAAAAUGGCGACUGUGAAAUAGAUGGAAGACGAAAGUAAGAAAUUAUUCAAUGCAGCGUUUAAAUUGUGCCCUGUCUCCAUCCACACCGCUCGGAGGCCAUGGCAGCUGAAAUGUCAUGUCUGACAGGUGUUGAUGAAGAUGACAAAGAUGCAGAUCCUGAGAUCAAUGCCCUCUCGCUCCUGGAAGAGCCAAUGAGAAUGGCCCAAGAAUCAGCCUCUUGCACUGAUUCUUUCAGCAAGCCUUCUGUGAAACAAAACAGUGUCCUAGAUGUUCUGUCAAACGAAGAUAUGUUGUCUCCAGUUGGCCUGGGAAAUGGACCUUCUUCUCAUCAGGCUACACAAGCUCAUGAACUCAAUAGCAUCUCCACAGAGAAAGAGGAGGAAAAGAGUAUCACCCCGCUAAAAACAGUGCAGGAAAUUGACACCGCAGGAAUUUGGGGUUUUGAUGAAGAUUCACCUGAGAACUCAUUGGAUAAUUAUAGCAGUGCCAGUGACCUUCAUUGGGACCCUCACAAAGAGUUUAUGCAGUUUCUGUGGGAGAACCAUGGUGAUUCUCCUGGUGAGGAGCCUAAAGAGGAAGUCCCUCCUACUAACAACCAAAGGAGAAGGAAACGGAAAAUGGACAUGGUUGUCAUGGUGGAUCCUUCAGAAGACCUUUACCCCGAUCUGAGCCACAAGUCAUCUGAGGAACUGUCUGAUGCAGAGGAGCCCGAAGACUCCAUGACUAUGAGAAAAGUCAGAAAGUCAAGGAAGUUCCCCAAGUCACAGUCGUCACCAACAGGGAACGUUUCCAAGUAUCCAAAUGGAACUGUAAAGGCCAUCAAGGAAAUUCUUUACAAUGCCCCUGCAAGAAAUUCACAUGGGAACAGUAUAAGUCAUGGACUUUCACCAUUGAAGGGGAGGCUCACAAUAAAUUCUCAUUCAGAAGAGAAGCCAUCAUGUUAUCCUUGCUCAAAAUGUAAGCUCAUCUUCAAGAAAGAACAUCAUUUACAUCGUCAUAUGAAGUCUCACGUUGACUCUCCAAACAUUUCGCCAAAGCCUUUUAUAUGCCGGGAAUGUGGACAGUCUUUCAGACAAAGUGGUUCACUUAUUGAGCACAUGACCAUCCACCAGGAGAAGAGAACAAGACUCACUGAAGAGAUCAAAGGAAUGAACGAUGAGAAGAAAGAGGAAAAAAACGUGAAGCUUUUCUGUCCUCAAUGCCCAUUUGGAACAAACUGCCCAAACACGUUUGUUCAGCAUGCGAAAACGCACGAGAAGGACAAGAGAAAGUUUAGAUGUGACAAAUGUAGCUUCAGGACUCUGAGUGAGAAUGACCUUAGGAGACACAACAUUAUGCAGCACACUGUUAUUACGGUGAGAAAGCAGAUCCAGAAUGAUGACUCUGAAGCCUUCUCCUGUAACAUUUGUUCUUAUAGAGCUUUUAGCAAAAACGUUUUUAAGAAUCACCUUCUGCGGCGCCAUCAACAAACCUAUGAGGAAUACGAAGCUACGCAGCGUAGUGAGAAAAAGGCACAGGUCCAGAAUGAUGACUCUGAAACCUUCUCCUGUAACAUUUGUUCUUACAGAGCUUUUAGCAAAAAUGUUUUGAAGAAUCACCUUCUACGGCGCCAUCAACAAACCUAUGAGGAAUACGAAGCUGGACAGCGUAGUUGCAAAAAUGCGCAAGCAUCCAAGGAGCAGCAUGUGCCUACUUGUGAAAGUCCUGUAGAAGAUGCAGAGUUUACAUCUAAAAUCUCAAUAAAAAAUCAGUUCUCCUCUAAAAGAGCUUGUUUACCUAGUGAGUCUGAUGACAUUUCAGACUUAUUCAAAAAUAGCAAGAUUAAGAGAGGUCUCAAGUCUCAACUAACAGAAUCAAAACUCGACAAAUCCAUUAAUGUUCUCCUGUCCCGGCAAAGACAUGGAAAGAAGACCACUGAACAGAGGAAAGAAAGCAAUAAUUGCAGCACAUCUCUUCAGGAUUCCAAAAGUGAUAGAGAUGGCUCUGAUCAGUCACCAGAAACAUUGACUGUCAAGAUUGAAGAUUCAGCUUUAUCCCCAAAUGGCCAUAGUGUGCCCUCCAGUGCAGCUGAAAGACACCUUAAAAGCAUCAGUGAAGACAAGCUGAACACAGAUCAGUUAGGAAUCAAAAAGUCACCAUCCAAACGGAAGAUGUCCACCCCAUAUCGCAACACCUCUGAUCAAGACUCAUGUUUCAUCUCACCAAAACCAUUGCCAAGUCCCAAGAAAAUAAACCAAGAAGAAGAGGUGGCAGACUUUGAUGAAAAAGAUAUUUUCCAGUUUAGGGAUACAGAUCCAAACACAAACUCUUUUAACAAUGGUAUCAAGAAAGAAAAACAAAACAUCAUUUAUACCUAUAGCAGAAGAAUGUCCAUGAGGGGUGCUCUGCAGGCAUCUAAAAGGCUGUUUGAGAAAAUAAAGACUGAAGAGCAAGAACAGAAUGAUCCUGAAAUUAAAGAAGAAUGCAUAGAAACAGAAGUAUUUCAAGAAACCUUUGAAUCCCACCAAAUACCACUGGGGGAAUCCCUCACAGACGAUUUGUCAGAGCUGGAAUCAGACCGCAAGAACUGUCCAUACUGCCCUGCAGUCUUUGAGUCAGGUGUUGGAUUGUCCAAUCAUGUCAGAGGGCACCUUCAUAGGGUUGGACUGAGCUACAAUGCACGCCAUGUGGUGUCUCCCGAGCAGGUGGCUUCUCAAGAUAGGAGGCCACGAAUUCGACGGAAGAUUUCAGCAUUCCGGAGAUUGAAAAAAGCGUUACAGGUGGAGUCAGAUUCAGAGACUGUGAGGAGUAUUCACUCCUGUCCAUUAUGUGGAGAUUCAUUUGAUAACCGGACUGGGCAGUCCAACCACAUACGAGGCCACCUCAAAAAGCUUGGUAAAAGUUUUGCAACAAAGAACAAAUCUCCAUUAAUUUUACUUCGGGAGUUGAUGCGCGACAAGAAGGAGUUCCAGCGGGCACUUCAAAUUCUAGGAAAGAGACGGAACCAUUUCCAAUAUGGUGCUUCACCAAAGCUGUCAAGUGUUGAUCGUUUCACGCCAUCCCCCACUGGAAUCCCAAAAAAUAAUUCUGUUCCAAGAGUUUGCACUGAUGCCAAACCACUGAUGUCCACGUUCUCUUUAAACGAAGUGGACUCUGAAAAAAGGCAACUAGAGACUAAGUUGGAUGUUAAAAAUUCACUCUCAGGCACAACUGCCUUGAUAGGAAUUCUGAAGAGGAGGAAGUGUCAGGAAGACGCCAGACUAAAGGGGUCCUCUCAGAUGUCAAGAAACACGCUAACAGUUUCUUCAAACAGUGAGCACAGUUCAGGAUCAAGAGUUGCAGCUUCACUGCCAAACUCAAUAUCUGAGAAAGGUGAAUUCAACAGGAAGGUGUGUGUCCAUUGCAAUGCAACUUUCCACAGUGGAGUCAGUUUAUCAAAUCACCUCCGGGCAUAUGCAAAACGAAAAAGGACUGCCUUACUUGAGGGAACCACAUUUGACUGUAAAGCAAGGAGGCAGCGCUCAAGGCCUGGCUCAAAGAAGAAGACACUGCCCUUACCACAAACUCCAGAGGAAAUGUACAGACUAACCUGCAGGUUCUGUGACCUCGUCUUCCAGGGUCCACUGUCGGUCCAGGAGGACUGGAUCAAACAUUUACAGAGACACAUCAUGAACACUAGUGUCCCUCACACUGGGCUAGGCAUGGUAGAGGUCACCUCGCUGCCCACGGACCCCCCAACCCUCAAGACUGACCAAGACAGCUCUCUGACAGCCACACAUGCUGCCUCAUGAAGCCAAUGGGGAUCCUUUUAGAUUUCACUAGACUGUAUCUGUAUGUACAUUGGAUGUUCUUUCACUUUUUUUUUUUUUAAGUCAAUGAAAUACUGGCCAAAAGUACAAUACUGCUCAAGGAUGGAAGUAUUGUGCAUGUUUGGACAUUUGGACAGAUGAAAAAGUUAAUUAUUUUGGAUAUUGUUACCUUUUUCUGUUUUUACAUGGUCCAUUUCUUGGAAUACAUUUCCAAAUGGACAUGUUGGACUGUUUUCUUGUUUUAUGCAGUAAUGUAGUGUGGAAUCCAUUUCUAAUGAAGACAACUUUUACCUCAGAUUUCUCAUGGUUUCAGUCCGUUUUUGUCAACAUUUGGGAGCACCUCUGUUCUAUAUCAAUAUUCACAUUCGUAAGAUGCAUAGAAUCAUGUUUCUUUUGUACUGCAACAUGUUGAAAUCAAAGCCCACAGUCUCUGUUUUCAGGCCACAGAGUUAUUGAGAUGAAUAUUUCAACUGAAAGUGACAGCACCUGAAAGCUCGUGACAAACAGUUCCAAGAAUCGCAAGUGGAAAAAGUGAGCUAUUAUUCAAGAACAAAAAGAAAAAUGUCUGCAAACUUGUUAUGCAUAGAAAGUGUUUUAUAGUAUUUCAGUAACUGCAUUGUUUCUAAUACAAAAUUAAAACUGAAGGUGGUUAAGAAAAAAGACCUAACACGCACAGCCCGUGCUGGCAACACCCUUCAUACAUGUCACCUAUAUUUAAUGUUUAAAUAUACUGUUUUGAAAUAAUUUAAUUUUAAAUGUACUAUAUCACACAGAUACAAUGCUUAAAACAUUUGUGUUGUUCUAAAUAAAAAAAGCAAAGAAACAAA